AAAUAGCAAAGAUGAAGUACUCCACCGCCAUCCUGCUGACUGUCGCUGGUUUUGCUUGCGCAACUCCACACGCACACCAGCAUCAGCACCGUCAUCACCAUGUCAAGAAGACUGUCAAGGACGUCACUAAGAUAGUCUACGAGCUCAAUGGGCUUACUAUUCCCGAGUCAGAGGUCAUGCAAGGAAUUGCGAAUGGCACCCUCGUCUGGGCUCAGGCCAGCGAGUUUGCUGAAACACCCUCUACUGGUCCUGACCUCCAGCAUGCUCAAGUAGCUGAGCCCGACUAUUCCAGUGCCCCAGCGCCGCCGGCGCAGACCGCUGAAGCUCCAGAGCCUCCAGCCGACACUCCCAAGCCCCAGACUUCGUUCAGCGAUGGUGACUUUCCCGACUACGAUGAUUCUGUUUCUUGCGACGACUUUCCCGAGGCCUUCGGUCCUAUCCGUCUCGACUACCUUGGUCUUAACGGGUGGUCUGGCAUUCAGUCUCCACAGUCAAUCCUCGCUGCUGGCUUCAAUGAUAUCCUCACCAUCAAGGCUGACAUGUUCAACGGCUUCACAGGCCAAGAGGGCUCCUUAUACUCGUACGCUUGCCCAAUUGGAUACCAGAAAACACAGUGGCCAUCAACCCAAGGUGCUACUGGACAGUCCGUCGGUGGCCUUCUAUGCACGGAUGGCAAGCUGACUCUUACCCGUGGCGAUGUUACAAAGAAACUGUGCAGCCCGGGUACGGACAAGAUCACAAUCAAGGUCAAGAAUACCAUGAGCAAAGGCGUCGCCGUGUGCCGUACGGAUUACCCCGGUACCGAGAGUGAGACGAUUCCAACGUUUGUCAGUGGCGGCGAGGAGCAUAAGCUGGCCUGUCCUGAUGCUGAUGGCCUCGAUGCCUACGUGUGGGAGGGCAAAGCGACCUCUGCACAACUUUAUGUUAACAAUGCCGGCGUUUCUCAGGAGGAUGGUUGCUGGUGGAACGAACCUGGUUCUGGUGUCGGUAACUAUGCACCUGCCAAUAUCGGUAUCGGUUUCAAGGAUGGCAAGGGAUGGAUAUCGAUUCAACAGAACGCACCCACUACCUAUGAGAAGCUUGACUUCACGAUUACCAUCGAGGGCGACGACAUAAACGGUAACUGCAGAUAUGAUGCUGGCAAGCAGGCAUACUGCUCCGGUGCCGAUUACGAAGACUGCAACGAUCUUGGUUGUACCACCACCGUCCUGUCUGGCACCGCCACCUAUAUCUUCUCGAACUAGACGUGCGAUUCGCCUCGAACCGCAUUCUAUUCGUCUCUGCAGUAUACCCAAAGGUUCUCCUGGCAUUCUGAGCUUGCCAAGAAUCCGUCGUCGUUCAACUUCAUCUACUUCUUUCUAAUCAGUAUGUUUCCAUAUUAAUGUCGGUAGCGCGGGUCACUGGAGGCCAAAGCGGUCAAAUCAUUGCAGUGCAGAGACAUCUAAAACAUGACGCCAGUUUAUUCAGUUUAAAGUUGAGGGAAGUCGAAGCCCCAACACUGCAUCUUUCAGCACGAUGUAAAGGGUGUUUCGGAAACACUCAACUUGAAUAUGCUAUUCGAGAUUUGCUCCCUAGGCAUAUGGACACGGGCAAGCGUAGCGGACGUGGAUUUUAUGGCAUCAUCGUCAACUCGGGCUCCAUGAAUAAUUUGCAUCUGCUUCUUCAACUGUCUCGAUAGUCCCUUUUACAAUUCUGCAGGCAACGUAAGGAUCCGUAGGC